AUGGAAGGCAUUGGAAGUUUAGGAUUUUUAGUUGUAUUGUUGUUGAUAGUUUAUGAUCACAUAAGUCUCUUCUGUGCACUGUGCAACCCUUCCAACCUCUGGUUUUCACACCUCAACCACUCCAUGAUGACUGCCUGGGCUGCAAUGAUGCCUCCACCAAUAGGUGUUUUGGAUCAGUUGGAAGGCGAGAAAAACCCGCCGAGAAUCACAGCCAGCUUGUUUCUUCCACUACAAGGACGCCUUGCAUGUGGUCGUGAAGAUGGUUCCAUUAUCCUAGUUCCUGCUACAGAGACCAUCAUGUUACACCUCCUACAUGGGAAACACCAGCACUAUCACAAUUGGGCUCAGCCUAUGGUUCUUCGUGGCCACCAAGGGCGAGUCAACUGCCUUCUAUAUCCUCAUGGAGAAAGCUCACGUUAUGACAUGGCACAUCUUGUUUCGGGAGGAAUAGACUUUUCCAUCAAUGUGUGGGACAUGUACACAGGCAAUCUAGUACACAGAUUUGUUGUUCAAGCAGGACAAAUUCUCCAGCUACUUGUACCUCCUCCCACAUGUACCCCACGCAUACAGAAUUGCAUUUGUAGCAUAUCAGAAGACCACAGUGUUGCACUUCUAAGUAUAAAGGAACGAAAGCUAGUGCUGUUAGCCUCCAAGCACCUCUAUCCUGUUUUGACGGUGAAAUGGAGGCCUGAACAUGACUUCUUAAUGGUUGCUACACAAGAUGGAUCUGUUUAUGUCUGGCAGAUGGAAACAGACGAUCGUAGUCUGCCCUUGGCUCAGGAGUCAGCUGAUGCAGAUCAUAUUGGCCUUUGUCGAUGCACUCAAGAGGAGACUUGUGGAUGGCUUGUCACACAGAAACAAGGCUUUGAGAAGAUGGUGACACAGAUUCCUAUGCUGCUGUCAGACCUUCAAGAGCUGUCACUACUUGCUGCAAGAUAUCACAAACGGCAGCUGAAGUUGGUUUUGAAAUUUGGCGAUCAUGAAGCUGGAAUUUUCAAUAGACAAAACCAACAUGAGUAUUACAAGUCAUAA